AUGAAGACAAAUGUUCGCUUCCUCAUUUUCUUUUUAUAUACGAUAAAAUUAACAAUUCUGGAACUAUUAUCACAAACAAUUAUCAAAUUUGAACCAUUUGAAAUUGCUAAUAUUUUAUCUGUAAAACAUUUAAAUACAACAAAUAUUGCAUUGAUUGAUACGAAAUUUUCCAAUCAUAAUAUCAAAAUACUUAAAAAACGACAUACUCAACAACAAUUUUCCAAUGUGAAUAAUUUAUUGCAACAACGUAUUUAUGGGAAUGUUGUUCCACAG